AUCUCACCACGCGAAACUUGUGUAGAGGAGCCGUCAUUUCACUGAGGACUGAUUCAGCUAGCGUGGUAGCCGUAGCGUAGAGACCGGAGCGGCGUUGCCCGAGGCAGGUGCUGACGCGAUUACAGCAGGAAAGAUGGCGGAUGACCCUAACGCGGCAGACAGGAACGUGGAGAUAUGGAAAAUCAAGAAACUGAUUAAAAGUUUGGAAGCUGCCCGUGGUAAUGGAACCAGUAUGAUCUCGCUGAUCAUCCCCCCUAAGGACCAGAUCUCCAGAGUGGCCAAGAUGUUGGCAGAUGAGUUUGGCACAGCCUCCAACAUCAAGAGCAGAGUCAACAGGCUCUCUGUGCUCGGGGCCAUCACCUCUGUACAGCAGAGACUAAAGCUAUACAACAAGGUGCCGCCUAAUGGCCUGGUGGUGUACUGUGGAACCAUCGUGACAGACGAGGGCAAAGAGAAGAAAGUCAACAUUGACUUUGAGCCUUUUAAACCCAUCAACACCUCCCUGUACCUCUGUGACAACAAGUUCCACACUGAGGCGUUGACAGCCCUGCUGUCUGAUGACAGUAAGUUUGGCUUCAUAGUGAUAGAUGGUAGUGGGGCUCUAUUCGGGACGCUCCAGGGGAACACUAGAGAGGUCCUGCACAAGUUCACUGUGGACUUGCCCAAGAAACACGGCAGAGGAGGUCAGUCUGCUUUGCGCUUUGCCCGUCUGAGGAUGGAGAAGAGACACAACUAUGUGAGGAAGGUGGCUGAGACAGCUGUCCAGCUCUAUGUGGCCAACGACAAGGUCAACGUGGCCGGAAUGGUCCUAGCAGGGUCUGCCGACUUCAAGACUGAGCUCAGCCAGUCCGACAUGUUCGACCCUAGGUUACAGGCAAAGAUUCUAAAGCUGGUGGACAUCUCGUACGGAGGGGAGAACGGUUUCAACCAGGCCAUCGAGCUGUCGGCAGAGGUCCUCUCUAACGUCAAGUUCAUCCAGGAAAAGAAGCUCAUAGGCCGGUACUUUGAUGAGAUCAGUCAGGACACGGGGAAGUACUGUUUUGGGGUGGAGGACACACUCAAAGCCCUGGAGAUGGGGGCUGUGGAGAUCCUCAUCGUUUAUGAGAACCUAGACACCAUGCGCUAUAUUCUUCGCCUGCACGGGGCUGAGAGCGUCGGAACAGAAAACGAUGAGAAGACUCUUUAUUUAACACCAGAGCAGGAGAAGGACAAGUCCCACUUCACAGACAAGGAGACUGGGCAGGACCACGAGUUGAUUGAAAGCAUGCCUCUGCUGGAGUGGUUUGCCAACAACUACAAGAAGUUUGGAGCCACGCUGGAGAUCGUCACAGACAAGAGUCAGGAAGGGUCUCAGUUUGUCAAGGGCUUCGGUGGCAUCGGGGGAUGCUUGCGGUACAGGGUGGAUUUCCAGGCCAUAGAUUACCAGGCGGAGGACGACGACUGUUUUGAUUUAGAUGACUACUAGGUAGUCGGACUGAAUAGGGGAGAAAGAAGGGAAAAAGGUGAAGAAUGACAAAAUAAGGAUAGAAAUAUGCCACCUUUUUUUUUCAGCGAGUGAAAAGAGACGUACUGACCAUGUAGACAGACAUGCAUUCAAUCUGAAACACGCACACUUCCCAUAUAUGUACACUUCUAAUAACGCGCACACGCUGAAGACUGAGAUUCUCUUUCAAUCCAGAGAGGGACAACCCAUCCUGAGUGAAUCCCUGCCUUAGAGUGCUGGUUCCUUCCCCUGGUUGGAUUGGACUUGACUCAAAUUGUUUUAGUUUGUUUAUUUUUCUCCCCUCCAUUUUGAAUGGACACAACAGCAAGUUCCCAGCAAUCCUCGCUCGCAGCAACCCCCCCCCCCCCCCGGUCCGAUGAAGACUUUGGACUCUAUCCUUGCUCGCAGCAACCCCCCGGUCCGAUGAAGACUUUGGACUCUAUCCUUGCUCGCAGCAACCCCCCGGUCCGAUGAAGACUUUGGACUCUAUCCUUGCUCGCAGCAACCCCCCGGUCCGAUGAAGACUUUGGACUCUAUCCUCGCUCGCAGCAACCCCCCCCGGUCCGAUGAAGACUUUGGACUCUAUCCUCGCGUAAAGAACAUAUAUUUUCCUUUCUUUCCCUCAUCGUGUCCUUGCCCUACCUCCUUCUAUCCCCCUUAAUGCUUUUUAUAUAUAUAUUUAGGCUUUUUAUUUUUUACUGGUAAUUGCUGCUGUUGUAUUUUAUUUUUUUACCUGGGUUUCUGUAGAGAAAGGGGGGUAUUAAAUUUUAACUGCUGAAACCCAUUGCUACCUCCUCAUCCACUGUGGUCUCAAUCAUGUGGAGUGUGUCGUUCCCAGAGGUACUGGCUCUACCGGCUCCCCUGCUAAUGAAAAAUGUUUAUUUCACCCAUGAGCUUCAGUGGCUGUAGAACGUGUGAAUUGUUUAUAUGCCAAUUUAAGAUUUUUACUAAGCUACAGUUCAUAAGGAAAUUUAAAUAAAUUCAUUAGGCCCUAA